AUGAGUUACCAACAGUCGGACAUGUAUCACGAUCCCUCCGCGCGUUCCCCUGGAUCCCAGCGGCAUCAACAACCCCUGCACCGCCAACCUUCUCGCCAGUUUGACGCUUACGGCCCCAUGCCCGUCAAUCUCUACGAGGAUCAAAUGGCCCGAUACGAGUCUGCCCGUCUAGAGCGUCUGAACCCUUCGCUCCAGAACAACAACUCCUAUGCCUAUGACUUGUCCGGAUCCCAGACUUGGAACCCGAAUGGCUUCGCCAACGCCCAGUCCCUUGGUGGGAUUCGGUCGGCCUCGGCUAGCUUGAAGCCUAAUGCUCGCGGACGCACCGGUCUGCCUACGACUUGGCUGGAUCAGCAACCCGGUAUGCCCAACGCUUUCUCCAACUUGGGCCCUGGCCCCAUCCAGAGCAGUGCAAUGCGCCCGGAAGCAUCGGCUUCCUCCGAGGGCGACGACGAACUGAUCCCAACUGCGAUCGUUAUCAAGAACAUUCCGUUUGCCGUCAAGAAGGAGCAGCUGGUCCAGCUCAUGACCGAGCUGAACUUGCCCCUCCCCUAUGCCUUCAACUACCACUUUGACAACGGCGUGUUCCGUGGAUUGGCCUUUGCCAACUUCACUUCGGCGGAGGAGACUGCUACGGUGAUCGAGGUCCUGAACCACUUUGAACUGCAGGGCCGGAAACUACGUGUAGAGUACAAGAAGAUGCUUCCCCUGCAGGAGCGGGAACGCAUCGAACGGGAGAAGCGGGAGCGCCGUGGCCAGCUGGAAGAACAGCACCGGCCCAUGGCCUCGUCCCAGCUGCAGACGCAGAGUUCCAUGUCCUCGCUGACCUCGCAUAUCCCGGCCACCUCGCCCUCGCCCGUCUCGCAACGCGGUCAGAAGCUGGGUAAGUCAAUCAGGCACUUCCCGACAUCCGACAGUGACCUGAUUGCUCAUCAACACGAACAAGUAGAGGUGGAUUUGAACGACAGCCAGACUCUUUCGUACUACUCGCAACUGCUCCUGUUCAAGGAGGACACCGCCCGCGACUCUGUCAUCUUCCCGCCCAACUUGACCCCAUCCCAGCGACGCACGGUUCACACUCUGGCUCACAACAUGGGCUUGGGCCAUGCUUCCCGCGGUAAUGGUGAUCAGCGCCAGGUUCAGGUCUUCAAGGUGGCGGCUGGUACCAAUGUCAGCCCCCCUCUGUCGGCCAUCCCGCCUGCGGGACAACCUGGUGAUAGCGCUCGCCGUGGUCUCAACCGUGCGGCCACGAUUGACUUCAGUGAGGCCCGUAACGAGGGUGGCCCCGGUGCCUUCAACACCCUACGGGGUCAGACUUCUAGCUUCCUGGGUGUGAUGGACUCGCCUGGCAACUUUGCCAACACUCAAAACCUGCGAGCCGCCAAGUCCUUCGCCGACCUGCGAUCAUACACCCCGUCUCCCGUCCCGUCCUCUGCGAGCUUCCCUGCCGCCUUGCAGUCCAACGGAACCCGUCUUCAAUACGAAGGUGCCCCGACCGGUACCUCCAACACCCCGACUCUGACUUCGGCGCCCUCGGGCUCUUCUCUGGGCAUGCAGCGUGACGAUAACCUGCUCGUGAACAGCCUUGGUGGCCUGUCUCUUGGAACCGGCAUCGGAGGCCCCAACUCCAGCCCUCGACGAUUGCGUGGUAUGUUCUCUUGGGAGCAGGAUAGCCAGUCCUCGGUGGCCGGUACUAUCGGUAGCAACCGUGGCAUGGGAAUGGGUUUUGACAGUACCCAGCAAGAGCGCAUGCCGAUCCGACAGCCCCGUGGCCCGACACCCGAGAAGGGCACCGGCUUCCGCCGCCAGAACGGACAUCAGGCCCGUGGCAGUGACGAGCUUCGUGCUACCUCGGGUGUUGAGAUCAUCGUGGAGUAG